CCUGGGAAACCGGCAUACGCAGCAGGGUGACGAAAAGGCGGGGUUGGCUGUUGAGCGUAGCUGCAUAUUGCAAUGUGGCAGUGUUCGUUGGGUAGGUACGGUGCGCGGGUGCCUUUACGCCUUCGCCUUGGAUUUAAGAUCUGAAUCAUCCUCUUCUCACCCGACCCCCUCAUCCGACCGUUUGUUCCAGUCUUCAUUGCGCUUUUAUGGUACAGACGGCAUCAAUUUUGGGAACCAAACUCAUUACGCCUUGCUUUUCGAAGAACUCCUCCUCUGAAUUUCUUUUUCUCAGAGACAAGAACAUAAAGACUCAGACAACAUGACAAACCUCAAGUCGACCGCAGACCCGCCUCCUUACUACCCCCCUUCCAUCCCCGACGAAAUCACCGAAUGGUUCCCCUCCAAAAACUCGGUUCUCCAUACCCAAGUUACCGAGCUCAGCCGAUUGCUCGGACACAAAGUGAUUAUUGAAGCCGACUGGCAGCGUCUGCUGGACGAGUUCGGCGAUCAACAAGAACCUGCACUCGCCGAAGCAGUCCACGUCAUCAUGGAAGCAUGGUGCUAUGAGCUGAACUCGAUUCUUGAUCACCCGGAUAGUGAUGAUUGGUUGACUAGGCUUCUCACCCGUCUGGUCAAAGCCAAUGGAAAGCUGAGGGUCAUGUUGGACGUGUGGGAGAAUACUCAGUUGGGCACGAGCUGGUCGGAUGAGAGAAAUGGUUUCUUCGUGCACUUGCCAAAGCAUUUUCUAUUUGUGAGGAGGGCGUUGAAAAGGGGAGAGUGUGUGAUUUGCGAAGAGUUCCAAAAGGAAUUGUUGUCGUGCUUCGUCGCGACUGCAAAUGAUAAGCAGGACUCGAACCCCGAGCUGGGAAAGGAAGCGUGGACGGGAACGGCGAAGGAGUCGUUGAAGCAGUUUAAUGUGAGGGACGAGAAGUCGGGAGAAGAAAGGUCAAGCACUGCGGCUGGAGCAGCUCCAGCCGGUGCUGGUAAACACCAACCGAAAGACGCGAACGCGAAGACGACCGCGACCUCGUCCGCGUCCUCUACCGAGCCAAAGCCAGCGAGCUUUCCUAAUGUCGCUUCCCUCCCGCCGCUCUCCGAAAUCUGCUCGAACCCGCCCUACCAUAUCACCAUCCACGACGGGUCAAGGCCUGGUUGGAUCAGCAUUCAUGGUAGCCACGGCGCUUCGCUGAAGCUCAUUGACGAUUACAUCAGUAAAUGGACCCCAGACGUCGAAAUGGAGAGCGAGGAUAGACCGCCGACCUUUGAUACGGCAGUGAAUGGGGCGAUGACUACGCUGACGAUCAGGAAGGUGGUCGAAAAAAGGUGGGAAACGAGGCCUCUGUCAGUAACGGUGCCGAUGGUGUUGGCGAUUAUAGAAAGCACACUGGGCUAUGAGGUCGUCUGGCAGGGAAGCGGAGAGUACAGGUUGAGGAGAGAUGCGCCGUUUGUGUAUGAGUGAGGUGAGCGCCUGGUGAUAUGUAGUCCUCAUGAGCCUCAACGCGUUUUCCAUCGCGGUCAUCGGACCCGAGGUCGAUAAGGCGGGUCGAAGAUAACCAGUGACGUUGUUGCUGGCGAUUAACAAAACAAAGCCCCUGAGACCAGACCCUGGGUUCCUGAGAGGGAGCCUCAUUGCGGAUCGCGACUCGGAGUGGUGGAUCCCGUCAUGGGCGAUCAAUGGACAUAUGGCUUAUUUCUAGUGACGAAAGGGCCUGAAUAGGAUGGGAGGCUCAUUUUGUUCGGUUUCUGCGGAAGUUGCAAUUAUAAGUAUAUUCGGACCCAACCCAUGUUGUUGUUUGAUGAGUG